CCCACAAUUCCGUGCAAUGAUCCCUCCCUCCUCUCUUGCUGCUGGAACACGUCGCUUGGCGUCACGGAGCAGCCGGAUCGGUUGGAGUCGCUACUUUUGUGUUGGGAAGGUCUGGAGUCGAGUUGUCGGCGCCGGGAGCGAAGCUGCCAAGUAUCCCCCGAGGGGGAGAAAGAGAGAGUGGCCAGGCUGGACCAGGGGGGGCACGGAGUCAGGGUCUGCACCACCGCUGCCAAGUCCCACCACCCACCCACCCACCCACCGCCUUGUCCCACAUUGCUGAGCUGGGAAUUGGACAAGGAGAAGAAGUGAGAGAAGGAGAGUGUGUGUGUGUACCUGCGCUGGGAAGUUUGUCUCACAGGUCGUGGGCAGUGUUGAGGCUUCACCCUGCUUUUGCUAUCAGCCGUCAUUCGCGCCGCUUACACCCUCACCGCCAAGAUGAGCGGCGGCGAUAUCGUCUACAGCGGCUGGUUAAGGAAGUCCCCACCGGAGAAAAAGUUGAGACGUUACGCAUGGAAAAAGCGCUGGUUUAUACUUCGAAGUGGCCGUCUGACAGGAGACCCGGAUGUGUUGGAAUACUACAAGAAUGACCAUGCACGAAAACCCAUCCGCGUCAUUGACUUGAAUCUUUGUGAGCAAGUGGAUGCUGGGCUGUCCUUUAACAAGAAGGACCUUGAGAACAGUUACAUUUUUGAUAUUAAAACCAUCGACCGUGUCUUCUACCUGGUAGCUGACACUGAAGAAGAAAUGAAUAAGUGGGUCCGAUGCAUCUGUGACAUCUGUGGGUUCAACCCUACUGAUGAGGAUGCUGUUAAAUCAUCCAAUCCUUCUGCCACUGCCAUGACUGAGGUACCUCUCUCCGUUAGUACUACACAACCCACCGUGCGAUCAGCAGUUUCCAUGGGCUCACUACCUCCCCCAUACCAGCCGAUUAGUGUGCGUCACCUGGAGUCUUUGUCCGGACAAGAAGAUCCACAAGAUUAUCUAUGGUUAGCCAACUGUGAAAGUAAAAAACCUGAACCCACCAGCCAUGCAUCAUCAAUUGCCACAGAAGAGGGAGACGAGUAUCUUCUGCUAGAAGAUUUUGAGAGCAAAAAGCAUCCGUUUCACAUUCAGUUGCUUGCAGAUUCUUCAACCAAGUCCACAUCAUCAGAAACUGACUGCAAUGACAACGUCCCUUCACACAAACCUCCAGCACCACCUAAACAGGCGAUGAACGGCUUCUUCUCACAACCAUGUUUUUACGAUUCUCCCCCACCUAGAUUCGCUUCAAAGUCUACAGAUUCAAGUCUUUACAACCUGCCUAGGAGUUAUUCUCCAGACAUAACUACUGGAACUUGUUCACUGUCGGCCGCUGAUAGUGAAGGAGAUUUAUAUGUAUUUAAUACACCGUCACGGAUAUCUGGCAUCGAGAAUCAAAUGAGACAGAUUUCAGUGUGUUACGACAUCCCUCCAACACCAGGAGGCACAUAUCAGAUUCCGCGGCCUUCGGGAGAGGGGACACUGAGUCAAAGUUGCUCAAAGUUGGAGCCUAUACCAGACGUUCCCCCACCUCGCCCACCAAAACCUUCUUUGUCUCAUGACCGCUCCCCGGUGGACACCUACUGCGUACCUCGAUCAUCCUCCGAGGCCGACACCAAUUACAGCGUUCCCACAUCCGGCAAAACUCUUCGAAGCAACACCAUUGGCACGGUGGAAGGCCACUGGCUAAGAAAAGACUGUGGCCCUCAAGAUAGCUAUGAUAUUCCCAGAAAAUUUUCACAUUCAGUAGAUCUUGGGGAAGGCUUUAGCAGUUACCUACAAAAGAAGGGUAUGAUGCCACUAGCAAGUUCGGGUACUGAUGAAGCUGACCAGAACUAUGUGCCCAUGGAUGCGAGCUCUCCGCCUCGCCUGCAUUCCGUCAGCCACUCGGAGCCAGUCCAGGACACUAAUUAUGUUGCAAUGACACCGAGUACUUUUGAUUUCCCCACGUUGGGAAUGCAAGUGCCACCUCCAGCGCACAUGGGUUUCAGGGUAAGCCCCAAAACUCCUCCCAGGAGACCAGUACCUAAUGCUGACUGCCAGCCACCACCAGUGGACAGGAACCUUAAACCUGACCGAAAAGGUCAAAGUCCAAAAAUAUUAAGAGCUAAACCUGUUUUAGAACGAACUGAUACUCAAACCAUAGGUGACUUUACUCCAAGACGACACAAGGUUAAACCUGCUCCAUUGGAAAUUAAACCUUUACCUGAAUUUGAAGAAAUGCAGGAAUUAGCUCCAGUCAGAUCGCCAGUGACCAAAACCUUCAUCAGAGAAAUCAGCCACUCCAGGUUUCCUGUCAAUCCCCGACCAACCUCCGUCCACAGCACUGCUUCCAGCACUGAUUCACAUGAGGACAGUGAGGAGAACUACGUGGCCAUGGAGUCUGCACCCUCCACAGAUGAUCCAAGCAUUAAACAAGGAAUACUACAAUGUAGUGAUGGCGGAAGCAGUUUAACGCGAUCUAAAAGUGACAAACAACAAGUUGAGUAUUUAGACCUGGAUCUAGAUUCUGGAAAAUCAACACCUCCACGAAAGAAAAGCAAUGGUACAGGUACAGUAGCAGCAGAUGAAAAGGUAGAUUAUGUAUUGGUGGACCAAGAGCGAACACUGGCACUGAAGAAUACCAGAAAAGCAUGGACAGACGAAAGACAAUCUACUGAGUCAGAGACUCCAAUUAAAAGUGCAAAGUGACAAAGUGUCAUUAACCGAACAUCACGACAUGUUGAGAUGCCUUUUUAUUCCUGCCACUCACGGCAUUCUAGCCAGCAUGCUCUAACUUGAAUGAGCCAUCGAUCAAUUUAUCAAGUGACUUGAGAUUUUACAUACAAGCAGCAUACAUCAUCAAAAAAGGGGAAAUGUUGGAGUCGUCAAUAGCUGUAAUUAAGUCCAUGCUGUGAAGGCCAUCUUUGACACUAUGUCUGCUUCAAGCACUCUAAUAGGUUAAUGUAGUUUUAAAAUGCCAAUGGUAGUUGUUACUUUGGUACAUGAGAAGCUAUUAGUUACUGGAGGAAUCUGCGCUUGGAAGUUGAUUCCUUAUAUAGAAAAUAACUUCACUUUUAAUUCUAGUCUGAAUCAUGGAAAUAUCCAAUCUGUAAAGUAUGUUUUAGCUGAACUAAUUUUCUAAUUUUUUUAAUUAAAAUUCCAGGUUAUUUAAGCUAAGUUAGAUGAGGCAUUCUUUGACACUUUAUAGACUUAACAAUGGUAGUUACAAUAGAACUAAUAAAACAUUGUUAAACAUCUCUCUUGCAACAUUGCUGGCAGUGGCCUUUAGAUCACCACGAUCAAUAACUCUUUGCAAAUAAAAAACAGAAUCCCACAUUCCUUGCCAGUAUUGAACAAUAAAGGCCAAUGUUUUCUUAUUCUACGGUAGACAAAAAUGCUGGAGAAACUCAGCGGGUGAGGCAGCAUCUAUGGAGCGAAGGAAAUAGGCAACAUUUCGGGCCGAAACCCUUCUUCAGAUUCCGAAACCAUUAUUCUACAAUGUGUUUACCAAAAUGACUACCACAGGGGAAGAGGUGUGCACUACAUGUACUUAAUACUUGUUGAGUUGGUAACUCUGGCAGGUUGAGACUUUAAUUCUCUCUGUGGUUUACAGAUAUGAUUUUAACAUUGAACAGCGCAGAAUGCAGAUUUCUGCAGGGUAGAGUCUUGCAUUCCUUGUCACUGAUCCAGAGUAUAAUUAAAUUGGUGUUAUGGUAGUGAGAUGGCUCAUAAUUUUUUUACUGAAAUGGUAUUUCUCGCCAUAAUUCUAGCGUACCUGUGUCUUAGAAUCUUUUUGCAAAAUAUCUGUUCUAUUUCAGAAAUAUUUGAUUUAUUUGCAAAAUGUAAAUUUUGUAUUACUUUCAGAACCAAAUUCUAUUUGAAGCUAUGGAUGGUUUCUUUUUUUUGCAUUUUGUUGGCAUUUUGGGAGAGUGCAUACAUUUUUUUUAAGUUCGUCUGUUUAUAAUGGGAACUAAGUUAUGUCAAAUAUCCAUCUCUUAAAGCUACCUACAUCAUUUCAGUAACAUAACCACAACCUUAUCUCGGGAAUGUGAUUAUAUUGUAUAUAACUUGUUUCAUCACUUAUAAAGUGCUUACAAACUGUAAAUGUACUAAAAAUUACUAACAUUUGUAUUUACAAAAAAAUGUCUAUAUGCAUAAAAAUGUUGGAGCCCAUCAAAGAUUUUAUCAUUAAACCUUGAAUGAAUUACUAUA